AUGACACAGGUGUUCUCGGGGUAUGGUUGCUUCAGGAAGUACUUGUGUCGAACCGCUGGAAGGGAGCCUACUUCAACGUGUCACCACUGCGACAACUGCCUCGAAGAGACGGCCCAGCACACGCUGGAGGAGUGUCCUACGUGGGCUGAGCAGCGCGGUUUCCUUGUCGCCGCCGUGGGGAGCGACCUUUCUCUCCCGACCAUAGUUCGCUCAAUGGUUGAGAGCAAAAGGUCGUGUGACGCAAUUCUGGCAUUCUGCGAGGAGGUCAUAGUGUGGAAGGAGGCGACGGAAAGGGAAAGGGAAGAUACAGCCCUUAUAUCGAGUGGGUCGCAGAAGGAGAGCUAG